UUCGACUAAAAUAGACACAUUGGUAAACAUGAAAACUUUUUUAUAUAAAAUUGAAAUUUUGUGCAUCUACUGCUGGUUAUAUUUAUUACAAGCUCAAAAUGCGAAAUCGUCACAUUUACAGAGCGAAUCUAUUGUGUCUGGUUCACGGGCCGCAAUUGGUCAAUUUCCUUGGCAUGUUAUUUUAAGGAGAAAUGUAUAUGAUGAAUUAUUGUGUGGCGGUUCUAUUAUCUCCAAUAGAUGGGUCUUAACAGCUGGUCAUUGUGUUUACGGCCAAAAAUCCAUUUUAUUAGUAUUUGGUGCAACAAAUCUAUAUAAUUCUGAUGUAAAUAUGACCUCAACAACAUUCUAUAUCUAUCCUGGCUAUAACAAAUUGGUCAAUGAUAUUUCACUUAUUGAGUUACCUACGCCUUUAAGUUUUACCUAUAAUAUACAAGCCAUUGUUUUGAUUUCUUCAGAACAUGCUUCAAACGAUUUUGUGGGUGCAGAAAGUAUUAUAACUGGUUUUGGUGCGACUUCUGACACAGCUGAGAAUGUUUCAGAUGUAUUGCUAUGGACUCCUGUGGAAAUUAUUAAUAAUACUGCAUGUGCUGAGAUUUAUCGAAUGCGAAGUAUAGAGGAUACAAUAAUGUGUGGAGUUAGCUAUUAUAAUACCGGUAUAAAUCCCUGUGAUGGUGAUUCUGGUGGUCCUUUAGUUUGGAAGAAUGAAUUUAAAAAUUAUGUACAGAUUGGCGUAACUUCUUUUGCAGCUGAAAACAAGUGUUCGAAAUAUCCAACAGGAUAUACUAAAAUAACUCCCUAUUUAAAUUAUAUUUACAAUAUUACAGGUUUAAGAUUUUAG